AUGCCUAGCCUCGUUCAUGCUACCGUUGAUGCUAUUAAGGAUAGCACUCUUCAACGUCAAACGGUGGUGGCGUUCUUGCACCUGAGCCGCCGCAAUGGCAAUCCCGAAGUCAUGGAAAUCAAUCCAAAGCUUCAGAAGGAGCUAAUCGAUCUUCACCGUGCUCUUAGCCAGAUGCUCCCGUCGUAUAUGGUUCCCUCCAUGUUUUUACCGAUGGCUCAAGUGCCAUUGACAAUGAACGGUAAGGCAGACCGUCGCCAACUCCGCGAACUCGCCGCGUCGCUCUCUCAUCAAGAUGCACUACUAUACUCCCUAGCGGAUGCUACCAAGGUGGAGCCAACCACAGAGAUGGAAUUCAAAAUUCGUCGUUUAUGGGCGAGUGUUCUAAACCUAGAUGUGAAUGAGAUAGGCGCUGGUGAUCAUUUUUUCCGCUUGGGUGGAGAUUCCAUAAUAGCAAUGAGGUUGACAACUCUCGCUCGCUCCGAGGGCCUAGGUUUGUCAGUUCAAAGCAUUUUCCAAACGCCAGUUCUCGCAGAUAUGGCUGCCAAAAUAGAAACAGAGUCGCCAAAAAUUCAGAACGGGGUUCUACCCGUUUAUAGCCCAUUCUCUUUGGUUUCCGCAGCGUCCAUACCAAAAUUUGCCUGCGAAAUAGCGGCCAGCCUUCAAACAAAUCCCGAGAACAUCGCUGACAUUCUACCGGCGACUGGUUUCCAGUCAUCCGCGAUGGCGCAUUCUAUCUUGAAAACCAGGGGUUUACUCAACUACCUAUUUCUCGAUGGAGAAGGGCAACUUCCGUGGAGUGAGAUAGAUGCGACCGAUGCCUUCACCCGAUUUCUCGACGCCCACGAGAUCUUACGAACCGUGUUCACAGUGCAUGGUAGCCAAGUUUACCAAGUUGUGUACAAAAGCCUUUCUCAGUGUAUCCAAUUCUACCAUACCACCGGGGACAUUAACUCCUUCUGCACCGAUCUAUUCCGGCAAGAUAUGGGAGCAGACCGCAACCCAGGAGAGUCCUUAACCAAGAUCAUGGUAAUUAGCAGCCCAGGGUGCCACCGUCUCGUUCUCCGCAUGUCUCAUGCACAAUACGAUGGUGUCUCCCUCCCUCUCAUCUGGCGCACGCUUGGCGAGGUCUUUUCGGGCUCGAAACCAGCCCCAGAGGUUCCAUUCUCUCAAUACCUGGCCAAUGUCUCACAUCUCUAUGAUAUCGAGAAAUCAAGGUCAUACUGGCGCAACCUCCUCACAGGCUCAGCGAUGACAGACGUUGUAGCGCACUCAAAACCCAGCUACCGCAAUGUUUACGAUAUACGUCUCCGUCGCGUAAUUCCCAAUAUUUCACUAACAUCAUCGGGAAUCACAUUUGCAUCGGUUCUCAAAUCAGCUUGGGCUAUCGUUCUCUCUUCUCUAACACAUACAUCGGAUGUUGUUUUUGGGCAUGUCACCUCCGGCCGCAAUAUUCCCGCACAAGACAUUGAGCGCAUUGUUGGCCCGUGUAUUAACAUUGUACCAGUCCGUGUACCGCUUGAUUCUUGUGCAACAGUUAAUGACCUCCUGAGUUUCGUACAGUCCCAGCAUGUGGCAACGAUGACACAUGAGUCAUUGGGAAUGAGGGACAUCAUCCGCAAAUGUAGCCCUUGGGCCAAUUUUACGCGGUUUAGCAGUGUUGUUCAACACCAGAACAUCAGCGAAGCUUCGGCGGUGACUCUCGGCAACAAUACGUACAGCAUCAAGGACUUUUGUCCUCCGGCCGACGAAGCUGACGUUGCAAUCAAAUCUACCCCUAUAGGCGACCAAAUCGAAGUAUUACUCAUCGCCUCGUCUCGAUCUACAGGCGAAUCACGAGCAUCUGAGCUUCUGAAUCUGCUUUGUGACGUUAUCGAGGCCAUCGGUAGCACGUCGAGUAAUCAGAUUCAACUAUCAAAGUGGAUGCAAGACCAGCCCGUUCUUCCAAUGCAGCCUGUGCUGGCCACGGCAAAUGGUUUCUCCGCCAGGACCAACGCUGACUCCAAGGAUAUCGAGCAGGAUCUAAUAACAUUCGUAAAGAAUAGUUGGAGAAAUGCGCUACAAGAACCAGAGUUAUUGCUUGAUUUGGAUUCAGACUUCUUUUCUGUCGGGGGUGAUUUGGUGCAAAUCGCCAUACUGGCAAUUGUCUGGCAGAGUCAAGGAUACAAAGUCACUGCUGAAGACUUAAUAGACCACCCACAUAUCCACGAUAUGGCUCAAAUGUUGGCCGAGUCAAAUUAG